AUUAUGCUAUUUGCAGCUCUGUCUAGAGUCCAGACCAUUCAAAAUUCCUUUUCGUUGGGAUGUUAAUUCCUUGUAUAGGGAUAUUAUUGUUAUAUAAAUAAGAUUGUUAUGAACAAACUUUAUAACAAAUUGUGGUUUCUUUACAUAAUUUGGUAGCCUUGUGUAUAUUCAGUUGUUAAGAAACAAUAGAAAAUUGUGUAUUAGUGGUUUUAUAUGAAAAUAAUUUAUCACAAAGAUAAAUAAUUAAUGUUUCAAGCAAGCAAUAAUGGAUGAAAAAAGAUUUUCUUAUUUGUUUUCUACUUCUGAAUCACUACUUUCUCAAGAUGCAAUUGGUAGGAUUUCUGUACCAAAGGUACCUUUGCAGAAGGAUGAUACAGUUAUCGAAAAUGAUGAUAAAGAUUUGCUAUCACAUAGUGAUAUGAGUUGGGAAACUAUGGAGGAUAGAUAUAUGUUAUUUGAAAUUGCAUCUAAUGAUUCUAUAUCAACUACUUCAAAGUCUUCAUCCAAUUCCAAUCUUUCAUUUUCAUUGCUUGAUCAAAUAUCACUUUCAGUAGAUCAAAAAAUAAUACAAUGUGCAACUGAAAACAACUGGAGUAGUUAUGCUCUAGAUAUCAGUUUAUGGGAUGAUGGUAGAGCACCAGUUAAGAAGUUAAGAAAUCUUAAAGAAAUAUCAUUUGAUGAUAUAGAAUUCUGUGGAUAUCUUACUGACAGACUAAUAGGAGUUGGAAAAUCAUUCUUGACUAAAUCUCCUGAAAAUAGUCUUUAUAUAUUAAGCAAAUGUAUUAUGAGAAAUAUGUCACUAUCAAAUAUUACAAUGUUAAGUUACCACCGUUAUUUACAAUAUAUUGAUCUUGCAUAUAAUUAUAUUACAAAUUUAUCACCUCUGGGAGGAGUACCUUACUUAAUGUACUUAAAUGUAGCACAUAACAGAAUGAAUACUAUUUUAAAUUUUUCACCUCCUUGGUAUUUGACAUAUGUAAAUUUAUCAUACAAUUAUAUAUCAAAAAUGCAUGAUAUCAGUGAUUUCUGGAGUAUUGUUCACUUGGAUUUGUCACAUAAUGCAAUUGAAACCAUUACUGGUUUGCAAAAUUUGAAAUAUUUGAAAUAUUUAAAUUUAUCAUAUAACUUAAUUGAGCACAUUGAAAAUUUGGAUAGAUUAAAUAUUCAAGAACUAAAUUUAGAAGGUAACUGUAUACUGUCAUAUAAAUCUGCUAUUCCUGGAUAUGGCAUAAGUACUUUAUCUGAUUUGCGGAAAUUAUAUUUAGGAUACAAUAAAUUGUCUACUUUAGAAUUUUUUAAGGAUGCAUAUAGUUUACGCGUGAUAGAUUUAAAGUUUAAUAGAAUCAAUGAUUUAUUAGAAUUAUUAAAUCUCACUGGUUUAAUACAAGAAGUAGAUUUUAGAGGUAAUAGUUGCACAAAGUGGCCUAAUUAUAAAGCUGUACUUCUAUUUUCCUUACCAAGUAUACAGAUUAUCGAUGGUGUUAAUGUAUCUACUUCAGAAAAGAUUGCUGCAGUUGCUCUAUUUGCACCACCAGUAAAUUUAACAGCUGCUCGCACUAUAACAAAGCUAACUUUAUUAGAGCAAUUAAAUAUUCCUAAAAUUGAUCUCCAUGUAACACCAUAUGAUGAAGUGAGCCCACCUAUAAUAAUACUCACAGGUCCAAGUGCAGUGAGAAAAUUAUCUUUGGCUCUUCACGCGAUCCAAACAUUAUCAAAGAAAGUCCAAUAUUGUCAGUGGUAUACAACAAAAAGCUCAGAAGAUGAAAGUGAAAAUCAAUUUUACAUUUUUGUAGAUAGAGAAGAAUUUAAUGAUAUGUCUCGCCAUGGAGAAUUUUUAGCAAUUCAAGAGAGAUUAGGAUACAGCUAUGGAUUUCAUCACAAUCAAAUUGCUUCCUUAAAAUUAAGAAAUAAAAUUGGUAUAACACAAACGGAUUUACAUGCAACCAUUCAAAUGCGUAACCGGUACUCCAAUAGUAGAGCAGUUCUUGUGCUCCCGAAAAAUGAAGAAAUCCACCGUGAAUGGAUACAAGAAAGGUUUUAUGUUUAUACAUGUACUAAAGAUAGUAAAGAAAAUUUAUUAUCUGAAGAAAGUUCAGCAAUACCCAUAGGAAGUGAUAUAAAUUUUAUUAAAGAAAUUUUAAAUGAUAUUAUAAGAGAUCUUAAAUUACUUCCCAAAAUUCCACUGGCAACAGAAACUGAUGAUAAAACAACUCAUAAUACAUUGGGAAAUGUAACAAUAUUUGAUGAUGAAGCUGUGCAGGGUACAACAGAAAUGAAAGACAAAACAUCACAUUAUAUUAAAUUUCAGGAACAAGACAUUAAUUCACAUUUUGAUGAUAAAGGAUUACGAGUAUUAAGUUUGCCUAGCACUAGAGGUAUGCAGGAUCUGGAUGGGCAUUUUUUUCGAUACCGGGACCGGUUAUUGAAAUUUUCGGAAUUCUCGAAAUUGACAAGUUUCCCGAGAACGUCCGGAUUUCCCGAAAGUGUUGGGAUUUCCGAAAAUGCUUGGGAUUCUCGAAAAAUCCGAGAGCCCAUUUCAAGAUUCGCUUUAAUGAAUACGAUCGUGGUUUCGAAUUUUGUAAUUUUAGAUGAGCAUUCAAAUGUUAUAGUGGAAGAUGAACAAUUAAGGCGUAAAAGACAUCAAGCAAAACUUUUGCAGCGUCGUAAUACAUUGAUUCGAGGAACAGUACCUUCGUUUACAGAUGAACUUAGUGAAUCAAGUGAAGAACUAUUAACAAGAAGAUCGCCAGAAAUGGAAAAACCAGAAGAUAUGAAAGAUUUCUAUACCGACUUGAUAUUAAAGUCAAGAAAAAUGUACCUAGAUCAACAUGUGAAUAAGCCUGGAUUUUUUUCCUUGGUGCUUCUAUCAGAUGAUUAUUUUAAAGCAUUUAACAAAUUAAUUAAUUUUAUUUAUGAAUUAUACACAAAUUAUUCUUUUCAAGAACCUAAAUUUUUAGCAGAACUUAAUCAUUUUUCAAAGAUUGCUAUUCCGGCAAUGAUCGAUCCCAUUAUUGAUGAGAUAAAACAAUCUUUAUCAACACCUAUAUUACAAAGAAGAACUUUGUUGAGAAUGUAUGGUGUUACUUCAUGGAAGGAUUUGAUGCCUAGUCAAAUAGUAGAAGAUUCAACUGAUGUUGCUGAUUAGGUACAAGAUAAAUGUUCAGUUAU